AUGUCGAACAAUUCACAAAAUGACCUAGGGGUGACCGAAACAAAGGUCGUCCACCACCCGCAAGAAGUGGACGACGCCGCCGCCGAUGCUAAAGACAACCUCGGCGUCAUCGGGAUCGACGAGUUCCGAAACUUGAAACGGACCUUGUCGAUGCUGGGCAUCGUCGUCGUGUCUUUCGACCUCACAAACAGUUGGAUCGGCAUCGCCACCAGUCUGGCCAUCGCCAUCGCGCCUGGGGGCACGGUGACGCUGCUGUACGGCGUCAUCUUGGUCUCGGUCACGUUCCUCACCAACGGGGCGACCCUGGCCGAGCUCGCAUCCGUGUACCCGACCGCUGGAGGUCAGUACCAUUUCACCUCGAUCCUGGCUCCGUCGAGUAUUCUGCUGGCGGUGGUCAUCCAGUUCACGGAAGAUUACACCCCAGAGACCUGGCACUAUUUUUUGUUGUAUCAAGCUAUCAACAUCAUGGUCCUCUUGUACAACGUGUACCUGAUCAAGAAGACCACCUGGAUCUAUGACAUAGGCUUCUUUUGGACUUUGGCAUUUUUUGUCAUCAUCACACUAACAUGUGUAGCCAUAUCAAGCCCCAAACAAUCCUCCUCCAGCGUUUGGACCAUCUUCGAGAACAACUCGGGCUGGUCAGACGGAAUCUCAUUCCUCACCGGCACAUCGACUCCACAAUACAUGUUUGUCGGCAUCGAUGCGUCACUUCAUUUGGCAGAGGAGUGCUUGGAUGCCGCUAGGAUAGUACCCAAGGCUGUCAUGAGUGUGGUGGGGAUUGGAUUUGUUACGGCCUUUGCGUACGCCAUUGCCGUCUCAUACAGUUUGAAUGAUUUGGCCACCAUCAUCUUAACAAAGACAGGAUUUCCGACAUACGAGUUGUGGAUCCAAGCGACAAGGUCAGAGGCUGCGGCGACAGUAUUCAUGGCCGCGCUCAUGGUGGCCAUGCCCAUCAGACUCAAUGCCAUGCAGCAAACCACAUCUCGUCUGACAUGGGCAUUGGCACGAGACGAUGCCCUGAUAUUGUCCACUUAUUUGUCAAGGGUGCAUCCCGACUUGAAUGUCCCGGUCCAGGCUCUGCUCUUCAACGCGGCUGUUGUGCUUUUGACCGGCUGUCUGUAUAUGGCAUCCACCACAGCAUUCAAUGCAUUCAUUGCGACGUGCGACAUUCUUCAGCAGAUAUCUUUCGGCAUUCCUGCGGCGCUCUUGCUUUACCAGCGACGCCCAGAGCAUCUUCUACCCCGGGCGAGAAGCUUCAGGCUGCCGAAAGCCCUCGGCUAUGUGGCAAACAGUGCUUGUGUUCUGUGGAGCCUCAUCACCACCGUCUUUUACCUUUUUCCAGCUAUUAGACCGGUGACCACCUCAAAUAUGAAUUAUGCGGUGGUAGUGAUUGGAAUCAUGUGCAUAUUUGGGCUGUUGAACUGGUUUUUCCACGCGCGAAAUGCGUACCAUGGCCCGCGCAUUGAAUAUUGA